AUGGCUCCUUCCGCGACUGAGAACAUCGCUGCUCAGCAGCCUGUCGAGUACGACGCGGCGCGUCCCUUCGUCGGCAAGGUCGCUCUGAUCACCGGCUCCGGCCGCGGUAUCGGACGCGGCAUUGCCGUCGAGCUCGGCAAGCGCGGCGCAAACGUCGUCGUCAACUACGCCUCCUCUGCCGGCGCCGCCGAGGAGGUCGUCGCCGAGAUCCAGAAGCUCGGGUCAAAGGCCAUCGCCCUCAAGGCCGACAUCAGCAAGCCCGCCCAGGUCGUCGACCUCUUUGACCGCGCCGUCGCCCACUUUGGCCGCAUGGACUUUGUCAUCUCCAACUCCGGCAAGGAGGUCUGGUGCCCCGAAGAGGAGGUCACCGAGGAGCUCUUCCAGAACAUCUUUGACCUCAACACCCGCGGCCAGUUCUUCGUCGCCCAGCAGGGCCUGAAGCACUGCGGACGCGGAGGCCGCAUCCUCCUCACUUCCUCUAUCGCUGCCCAGAUGGGCGGUAUCCCCAACCACGCCCUGUACGCCGGCUCCAAGGCCGCCGUCGAGGGCUUCACCCGCGCCUUCGCCGUCGACUGCGGUGCCAAGGGCAUCACCGUCAACGCCAUCGCCCCCGGCGGUGUCAAGACGGACAUGUACGACGAGAACUCGUGGCACUACGUCCCCAACGGUUACAAGGGCAUGCCCAUCGAGAUCAUCGACCAGGGCCUUGCCAACAUGAACCCUCUUAAGCGCGUCGGUGUCCCUGCCGACGUCGGUAAGGUCGUCGCUUCCCUCUGCCAUUCUGACUGCGAGUGGAUCAACGGUCAAGUCAUCAAGGUCACCGGUGGCGGCACAUAA